CGACCGACCAUGUCUUCCGGCAACAGCAUGAGCAGAAUCACCUUCUACGAGGACAAGAACUUCCAGGGCCGCUCGUACGAGUGCAGCAGCGACUGCGCUGACAUGUCCUCCUACCUGAGCAGGUGCCACUCCUGCAGGGUGGAGCGCGGCUGCUUCAUGGUCUACGACCGCUCCAACUUCAUGGGCAACCAGUACUUCAUGAAGAAGGGAGAGUACUCCGACUACAUGAGCAUGAUGGGCAUGAACGACUGCAUCAAGUCCGUCCGCAAUAUCCCCAUGCACAGGGGCAACUACAAGAUGAACAUCUACGAGAAGGAGAACUUUGGCGGCCAGAUGCACGAGCUGAUGGACGACUGCGAGAACGUCAUGGACCGCUACCGCAUGUCCAACUGCAUGUCCUGCAACGUGAUGGACGGCCACUGGCUGAUGUACGAGCAGCCUAUGUACAGGGGCAAGAUGAUGUACAUGAGGCCCGGAGAGUACAGGAACUUCAUGAACCAGGGCAUGAACGGCAUGAGGUUCAUGAGCAUGAGGCGCAUCAACGACUCUUACUACUAGACCAGUAGACCUCCAGUCUCCUCCAUGAGGUUCUAGACCACUACUUUUUCCCGAC